AUGCUGAAUGGUGUCUUGGACCUAGUUGGAAGUUAUGAUGCUUUUCCUACCGCUGUCGCAGUUGGUUUUACACGAGCUACCCGGGGCCGAAGGUUGCAUGCUUCACUCGGCUCUGGUACAUUGCUUGAAGAGCUCCUGAAAGCACAUGAAAAAUACGGAUAUGUGGUUCGUGUUGCGCCAGAUGAGCUGUCGUAUAUCUGCCCAGAAGCAUGGAAUGACAUAUAUGAAAGCAAAGUUCAGCCGGAGAUGACUAGGGACCCUCGAUUCUUUCAGGAUGCCGGUGGGCAAGGACAAUCAUUACUGACUGUCACUCAUGAUCACCAUCGUACGAUGCGCAAGAAACUGGCACAUGGGUUCUCAACCAAGUCUCUUCGGGAUAUGGAAUCCCUCCGAUUAUCCUAUGCAGAUCUCUUCAUACAACGACUUUCUGAAAACGCUGAGGAUGAUGGAAGUGUGUUGGAUCUCGUCAAAUGGUACACAUUCUUCUCCUAUGACAUUCAGAGUGAUUUGGCGUUCGGGAAGAGCUUGGAUUGUCUCAAGACGUCAAGCUUUCACCAAUGGGUCCAGUUGUUAAAGGAAUUUGACAAAGUCGACCCCAUCUUCAGAGCGGUAGCAUACUUUCCGUGGGCGGCGAGAUUCAUGAAUUAUCUGACACCGCGAUAUUUGCUGGAAAUGAACGUCAAGCUCACAGCAAUAUCGGCUGAAAAGGCCAAGGAUCGAAUGACAAGACCGGCCGGACGGUCAGACUUCCUGGAGCACGUCAUUCAAACUACAGAUGGCAUGAGUGAGGCUGAUAUUUGUGCGAAUGCCGUGGCUCUGAUAGGAGCUGGGAGUGACACAACAGCGACUUUGCUUAGCGGCACGACCUAUUUCCUGCUUCAACACCCUGAAUUCCUAACCAAACUAUCCCUGCAACUCCGUCAAAGCUUUCAGUCUGAGAGUGAGAUAGACCAGGCCUCCGUGGACAGCAAUGAGCUUCUUCUGGCCUGUGUCAUGGAGACGCUACGUGUAUAUCCCCCGGCUGCCGUAGGAUUUACUCGAGUGGUACCCAAACCGGGCGCAACAAUAGCUGGGAGGUUUGUACCUGAAGGGGCCUGA